CUGAUUUUGAUUGAAAAAAGUGAUUUAGUAUAGCCACACAUCACAAAGGUCAAGCCAGAGAACAAUAAAGUAAAGCAGGCCCAAGACGACGCUAAACGGAGUGCUUGGCGUUUUGAUUCCCACCCAUUGCCUUGGUUUUUUGGCAUGAAGUGCAAGUAACUUGGAUGCACUCAUGCGCAGGGAGGGCCCCAAGAAUGAAAAUGGGGAAUUGGAAUGGGAAUGGGAGGGAACGGUGGCAACUUUGUAUGAACCCAGCGCUUCAUGAUCAUGGCCUCCGUCCAUCAUUUUACUGCGGCAUACCGGUGCCAGGAAGCCCCGAUAGGUCUCCUACGCUUGCCGCGCAUGACCCGCUGGGCGCGCAGAGGAGGAGGCAGGUCGUUCCAGCACCGGGACGCCGCAAAUCUGAAUGAUCCGCGAAAAGCUGCUGUGCGAUGUUUGGGUGUAGCAAAUAUGAUGCAAAGAGUCAUAUGGGCGGAGCUCCUAACACUCUCACGAGAUCGUCGGGCGUGCGCAACUGGAAAACCUGCGCGCCAUCACUCCUGCGGACGAAGACACGCCCCCGCCUCGUCCAGCAGUACCUCCACUGGCGGGCGCGGCACUCCUCGCGCGCCCGGUGGAACAGCUGGCGGUUGGGGCGCGUCAGGCGCUCGUUCACGAACACCCGGCCGCUCCCCUCAUCAUGAGAUGAAUAACUGCACCAAGAUCACUUAUCUCCGUGUAGUUUAUAGUUCAACUAUUAUCGUAGUUGCAAAUUUUGCACAGCAGAGAGUUCCAGAGCCUUAUGGCCUGGAGACGGAAGGAGUCGGAGAGAAAACCAGUUCGGUGAAGAGGGGUGGAGAGAACGGACUUGUUGGAGGAGCGGAGCUGACGUGA